CCUGAUGAUGAUGAUGUUGCUGGUGUUGUUGUCUGCUGGUGGUGGUGGUGUUGGUGAGGUGGUGUCGGAGGUAGUGGGGGAGGUGUUGAAGACUGCCUCACUCCCUCACUGCUCCCUGAUCUUCAUAUAUGAUGGUGACACCUCAUACCUCACACUCCUCCAGAUUCAUGUCGUUCGUGUGGUACAUUUAGGGGUGAUAUCCACUUUCCUGUCGUUCGGUGGUAUCCAAGUUUGGGUGACAAGAGUCGGUCUGCUGGUGUGGGCGACCAAGCUGCUGGUAGUAACCAGAACGCCACUCCUGCAGCUGCAGCGCCUCCUGCACGACUACUGGACCUUCUCCAUGAUGAACGCCAUCUUCCUCGCUCUCCAGACCUCGCCCAAACUCAAGUGUGAGGCUCAUGUCUACCUGCCCUACAGUCCAGCUGGUGCUCAGGUGGUGAAGGUGGCCUCCUGGACACCUUCAAGAGGUCUCACACUCAACAAAAACAACACACUCUUCCCAGAGAAGUAUGAAGACUUCCAGGGGUCAGAGGUCAAUAUGACAGUGUUUCCCUUCCCUCCGUACUGGAUGGACGUGCAACAGGAAGGUCCUGACGGUGGUUCAGUAUCCCAUAAGAGCGGCAGAGACUACCUUGUCGUGGAGGCGCUGGCAGCAGCACUCAACUUCUCCAUCAACGUCCUGCCUUACAGAGAAUGGGAAGAGGUGAUGUCUCGUCUGGAGCGCCGAGAAGCCUUCAUGUCUCCCAUGAAGCUAGCAAUCAUGCCGCACCUUCAGAAGAUCUACGACUACUCCUUCUUCAUCGAGAGGGCUACCCUAGGCUUCAGUAUGGCUAAACCUUCCCUCAAACCUCGCUGGCAGAGCCUCUACUAUCCCCUCAGUGGCGAGGUGUGGGCGUCUAUCCUAGCCUCUCUUAUCCUCGUCCCUAUAAUCCUCCUCCCGAUUGAGUGGGUUAGGUGGGGACGGGAGUCUGGAGAGAGGAAGUGGAGUGGUAAGAUUGUUCUGGAGUUGGUGGUGGGGGUGUUGUUGGGACAGGCUUACUCCAGAGGUCUUCCCAGCACCAGUUCAACAAGGCUGUUGGUGGCAGCAUGGCUGGUAUUCGCCUUCAUCUUGGGUACAGCUUAUCGUGGCAAUCUCACUGCCUUUCUGACCGUGCCCAAAUACCCAGCCAGACCAGAGAACGUGGAGCAACUUGUUGCUAGUGGAGCCAGGGUAACGAUGCCCCCAGACACCGUGGACUUCUACGACAGCUUCAAGACCUCCGACUCGCCCGUCUUGAAGACCCUGAGCGAGAGAGUUGACUUCGUUCCAAACCACGAAGUGGGAAUGAGACAGUCGCUGGAGAUGAACAAGGCGUACCUAUUCGAGAGGUUGCACAUGGAGCAGUUGAUCAGUGAACACUUCACGGACGCCUCGGGGACUACCAGACUGUACGUGGCUCGUCAGAACAUCAUGCCCGGAUACUGUGCUUAUCCCUUGAUUAGGGACGCUCCCUUCAAGCACACCCUUGACCGUUAUAUAUUGGCUCUCCACGACGCUGGUCUUAUCAACAAGUGGACGUCUGACGCACGGGAGAAGGCGAGGCUGGAGGCUCUGCAGAAGAUGAAGGAGAAGCAUGUGGGAGAUGUGCAGCAUCUGGGAGGUGGAGUCUUGGACGUCCCUGCUAGGGCCACGAUGGCCCUGACUCUGGUCCACCUUCAGGGGCCUCUCUUCCUGCUGUUGCUAGGUCUCCUCAUCUCAGCAGCAUCCUUCAUUCUGGAGGUGUUGCUGGGUGCUUGUUGCUUGCCUAGCACACCACACCUGACUUACCCUCCUCCAGCACACCACACCUGACUUACCCUCCUCCAGCACACCACACCUGACUUACCCUCCUCCAGCACACCACACCUGACUUGCCCUCCUCCAGCACACCACACCUGACUUACACUCCUCCAGCACACCACACCUGAUAUGCACUCCCCCAGUACACCACACCUGG